UUCUAGAAACUGACCGAAUUUGGUUAGGUCCCGUCCCGUCAAGAACAGGGCAUGAGAAUUGAGAACACAUGGGAAAACAUAGGCGCACCAGAUCACAAGUUUCAUCAUCCCUCAGCCACCCUGCAUCUACGACCCCUAGACCGUACACGUGUCAAGAUCCCGCACACAAUAUCAACAACACAGUGAAUGAAACUGGAAGCAGGGGAUCAGAACCCAUCCCUUCACCGCCUUCUUCUUCCUCUUCCCCUCUCUCUAUAAACCCACACACUCCACCGCUGAAUCCUCCUCAGCCAAAAUCUCUGCCUCCGAGAAAGAGAAAAAGAAAAAGAAAUUUCACUGCAAGUUCGAUCAAAUGCCGUCAGAAUCCAGCGAGUAUCAGACGGCGAUUGAGGCGACGCAAGCUCUUCCAACCCCGGCCUCCGCCGCCAUGGUUGGGAGCGCCGACGACGCGCCGUCUCUGCCGUGCCCGAGGUGCGAAUCGACGAACACGAAGUUCUGCUACUACAACAACUACAACCUCUCCCAGCCCCGCCACUUCUGCAAGUCCUGCCGACGGUACUGGACCCAGGGCGGCUCCCUCCGCAACGUCCCCGUCGGCGGCGGCACCCGCAAGUCCUCCGCCGCCUCCUCCUCCAAGCGCCCACGCGCUUCCUCUGCUGCCGCGGCCGCCGUCACAACCACCACCACCAACAUGGAUUCCUCGGCGUCCACCAAUACUACGACCUCCUCGUCCUCGAAUUCCGCCAAUUCGAUGUCAUCCCUCACUCACGAGCAGCAGCACGAUCACUACCCUGACCCGCCGCUCCACCUCGGACCCGACCCGGCCCUGCCGGUUUUCAAUUCUGCCGAAGAGGGGAGGUUAGACGAGUUCCGCAAUCUGAAGGAGAAUCAGCAGCCGGUCUCGGCGAGCGAGAACGGAAUCGCGAAUGUAAGCGGAAGCUUCAUCUCCCUGCUCAACAAUCAAACGGCAGGAGGCGGGCUCGUCGGGUACCAAGCCGGGUACGGGUCAGGUCACGGGUACGGGUUCUACGAUAUGGGUCUCGGGUUGGCAGCAGUGGGUAAUGUUGCCCCGAGGGAAAUCUGGCCGUACUACCCUGCUUCCACCACCGCGGCUACUGCUGCUACCACCACAACUACAGACUACCUCGGCGUCUGCGGCGGCGGUGGGGACGCAGGAGCGAUGGGCGGCGGCGGGGUGAACAUAUGGAGUGAGUCGGAGAUUGGGAGUGUGGGAAGUUGUUAUGUGGACCCGGAAGGGCUGGCUUGGCCGUCGUUUGUGAUUCCCGGCCGGCGGGUUGGUUGAUUGAAGUGAAGAUCGGAGAACAGAGGUCGCUGAUUUUCCGCCAAUUCGAUCUCUUUGGUUUGUUUUGGGCUUAGUUAAUUAGUAGUUUUCUAUAAUUUAGUAUAACAACAAAGGUUGGGGGGGAGGGAGAUGUGAUGAAAUACUUGUGUCAGGGUUCUGGGUUUUUUUGGUGUGUAUCCCAGCUUCAGUUACAGCGAAGAAGGAGGAGAAGCUUGUGGAUUUUGAGGAGGGCUUCUUCUCCUCUGUUUCAUUUUGGGUCUAGUUUAAAAUGUUAAAGAAGUGUCUUUUGUUCUCAAACCCGAUUCUCUGUUCUUGGCAUAUCAGAAAUCAGAAUCGACUGGUGAAGUGAAAGUGUAGAAUUUUGCAGGGACCAAAAGAGAAGGUGACCAAAUGCUGGGGUAUUUUGUUGGUAAUGUGACGUUUGUGGGUUAGGUAGGUUGGGUUUUGCGGUUAGGGUUGGAGUUUCUUGGUAACAGAGAGUUGGCAGAAAGGAAGGUUGGGAGGUACUAUGGAUACGCGUGGGAUGGGGAAGAGUGUUUGGGUGGGAACUAGAGAUGGAAGAAUGUCCAUUUGGGGUGCUGACCGCUGUCUGUGUUGUAUGUUCUAUUCUGUGGCAAUAGGAGCGGUGGUGGUGGGUCUCGGAUAUCAAACAAUGUCAGCUUCUGCAGCAAGCUUCGCGAACCCCAAUAAUGGCUACUCACUAGCUAGUUCCUUAUCUCUUUUUCCUAGUUUCAGGCUCUAGUACGUAGGCUUAACUGACCCAGUCCAAAUAUAUUUAAACUAAUAAAUAAACUUCCACCAUGUUACCUUAACCUCACAGUCUCACUCGUAGCCUCAUAGAGCCUCAUAGGUGAUGUAUGGAGGAAGGUUGUCAAAGCGGAUUCAGGAUUGGAUAGAGCACUGUGCCACAUUGGAAAAAGCAGAGAAGGCUGGGCCGUAACACGACGAACACUGAAACGAACACCAAAACGGACACCGAAAAUCGAAAAUUUUCAAGUGUUAUACUAGCUCCGGAUCGAGGGAGGGAUGGGCCGUGGCCCAGGGGCGGCCCCCCUAGAUCCGUCGCUGGUCAAACAUGAUUAAGCUAUCGAAUCAGUUUGCUAGGUGGUUUAAAAUUUAAUGGUUGUUUUUAUUUUACAAAAGACUGAGCUUUAUUCAAAAUAGAUUGUGUUACAAGCAAGGCCUUCUACAACAUAGGAGAAACAAUGUUUAGAAUGUGGAUCCAAUCAUAUGGAAGAAGUCAUUUACAAGCCUCUUUAGCCACCCAAUCAGUCAUCUUGUUACAAGCACAAGAACAAAAUUAACUACGAUUCUAUCGUUUUGAGAAAUGAUAGUGCGCAUACAAUGGAUCCAGGACAUGAUUUGCCUGAGAAGAGUGCAACACAUCAAUGAUAGUUUUACAGUCAGAGCAGAUUCUUGUCGAGAGCUCAUAGUCAUUAGCCACUCUGAGUGUAGUAAGGCAUUUGCUUCUGCCACAAUCGCUUCUGAACAAAACAGUGUACAAACCUUCCGUCGAUCACUUGGCCAACAAAGUUACAGACAACUACGUUGUAAGUCGCCGCCUCCGAUUCCGAGAUAAAGGCUCCAUUACAGU